AUGUUCCUUCGAUUCUCUAUAUUUUUCUUUUUACUACGUCUACGAUGUUUGAUAGCAGAAGAAAUCGCCCCGUUGAUAGUCGAACAUCCGCUUGAUGUCAUCGUUUCAAAAGGCUCACCAGCUACACUCAACUGCGCUGCUCGACCAUCAACAGCCAAUAUCACUUGGUACAAAGAUGGAGUACCGGUUACAACAAACAAGGAUCAAGUAAACUCUCAUCGAAUCAUCUUGGAGACAGGAUCAUUAUUCUUGUUAAAAGUCAAUGGAGGGAAAAACGGAAAAGAUGUCGAUGCGGGAACGUAUCAUUGCGUGGCGAAGAAUUCGAUGGGCGAAGCACAAUCGAGAGAAGCUCAUUUAAGAAUAGCCAUGCUGAGGGACGAGUUCAGGACACGACCUAAAAAUGUUCAGGCAUUAUCCGGUGAGAAAGCGGUGAUGGAAUGUUCUCCACCAAAGGGAUUUCCCGAUCCAGUCGUUAGUUGGAAGAAAGAUGAUAAAGAGUUGAAAAUUCAUGAUGAUUCCCGAUUGACGCUACAUCCUGAUGGAAAUUUGAUCAUUGAUCCGGUGAAUCACGGUGAUUCGGGUACCUAUCAAUGCUUGGCGAAUAAUAUGGUCGGUGAACGAGUGAGUGCUCCAGCCAGACUAUCCGUCUACGAGAAACCACAAUUCAUUCAAGAACCAAAGGAUAUCUCGGUUGAAGUAGGCGCUUCUGUUCUAUUCGAUUGUCGUGUCAGCGGUGAGCCACAACCACAGAUCAGCUGGAAGAAGAAAAACGAUCAAAUGCCAUCGAAUCGAGCCUAUAUCGCGAAAGAUAAUCGAGGGCUAAGAAUUGAUCGAGUCCAAGUCUCCGAUGAGGGUGAAUACGUAUGCUAUGCUCGGAAUCCGGCUGGUCAAAUUGAGAGCUCUGCCAGACUCCGCGUCCAAGCUCCACCAAGUUUCAUCACGAAACCCACCGAUUUGACGGUGAAAGAAGGAGUGGAGGCUGUGUUCGAUUGUGCCGCUUCGGGACAACCGUCACCACAAUUAUUCUGGAGUCGAGAAGGGCAACAGAGUCUAAUGUUCCCGGGUCAUGUGUCAGUGGAUGGUCGAUUUAAAGUAUCGGAAACGGGUCGAUUAGUGAUCAGCGAUACAAAAACGAUUGACGAAGGGGCAUAUGUUUGUGCGGCAAUGAACAGCGCCGGGAGUAGUCUCUCAAAAGCAUCGCUUGUCGUCAUUCAUGAGAAAGUAUCCACUCAUCCACCACCAAUCAUUGAGCUCGGACAUGUUAAUCAAACGAUUAUGGUCGGAUCAUCAGCGAUUUUGCCAUGUCAGGCCGCUGGUCGAACCCCGCCAGCAAUCUCGUGGCUGAAAGAUGGAAUCGCUUUGGAUAUCGGUGCUUCCGAUCGUUUCAGUCAACACUCAAGUGGAAGCUUGCAGAUUGCUGAGUUGACAAAAUCGGACUCUGGUGUGUACACUUGUGUGGCAAGAAACUCUGACGGAGAGAGCACUUGGUCAGCCUCGUUGGCUAUUGAAGAGCACUCGAAUCCAAAAGCGAUCUUCUCGCGAAUGGCUGAUCCGAUCGCUUUCCCGUCAGCUCCAUCAAAACCUAUCAUUUCGAAUAUCAGUGAUACUGAGUUGGACCUUGAAUGGAAGACACCCGAUCGAACCGGCGCCUCGGUGAUCACCGGCUACAUCAUCCAGUACUUCAGUCCUGAUAUGGGAGAAACAUGGUUCAAUGUGCCGGAUGCAGUGACAACGACAAAACAUCGAGUGAAAGGAUUGAGAGCAUCAUCUUCUUACGUUUUCAUCGUUCGCGCCGAGAAUGAGAAGGGAUUGGGCGCUCCAUCGGAAGCGAGUCUGGCAAUCAAGACGCUCGAUAAAGCACCGACCGGCGGUCUCUCGUUGGAGUCUCUGGACAUUGAGACAGCUCGACAAAGACUGACAUCCGAGCAAUUGAUCCGAUUGGAAGAGGUGAAAACGAUCAAUUCGACAGCUGUACGACUUUUCUGGAAAAGGAAGAGAAUGGAUGAUCUUAUUCAAGGAUAUUAUAUUAAGUGGAGAGGGCCAACUGCGACCAUUAAUCAAUGGGUAAAUGUUUCCGGAGCAAAUACGGAAUCAUUUGUGGUUGGCGGAUUGUUGCCUUUUACGAACUACGAGUUCUUUGUGAUUCCAUAUCAUAAGCAAGUGCAAGGAACACCAUCGAAUUCAAUGGAUGCAUUGACAGCUGAAGCUCCUCCAACUCUUCCACCAGCCGAUGUGAAAAUCCGAAUGCUGAAUAUGACGACGUUGAGAAUCGGAUGGAGACCUCCUCCACCUGAUGGACUUAACGGAAUUCUUAAAGGAUUCCAGAUUAUCAUUCUUGGAAAAGGAACAAAGUUCAAUCGAAACAUCACCACAAAUGAGAGAGCUGGAUCAGUCACAUUGUUUCAUCUACAACCGGGAAUGACUUACAAGAUUCGAGUAGCUGCACGAACAAAUGCCGGAAUUGGAGCCGCUCAUGGAACCGAUGUGGUCACAAUGAACGAAGAAACAUUGGCUCGACAUAUCGAAGCGGCCAACGAGCACGAGUCUUUCCUCUACACGAUUCUCUCGACAAAAUUCUGGAUUGUGUUGAUCGUUUUGGUUGUUUGGCUUGUUCUCAUCGCUGCAUCGGCUACUUGGUGGUUGUGCAGAAGAAAGGAUCGACUUUGUGCUCAGGAGCGCCUGGGUCCAUUCAUCAAGAUCAACGACGGUUCAGUACAUUCAAAUGCAAUCUGGCAGGACAUGAAUGGAUACACGACAGCUCAACGAAUAGCCAUGGUUCAGAGAAAUCCACCACUCUACUCGUUGACUCCUCAACAACACGACUUUUACGGACCACACGGACAUUGUGAUGAUUUUCACGGAACACUUGCUCGUCCAUCCUCUGAACAACACUAUCAUUAUGCUCAAUUGACCGGUGGACCGGGGAAUCCUAUGUCCACUUUCUAUGGAGGACAGUACCAAGAUGAUCCAUCUCCGUAUGCGACAACGACACUCGUCAUGUGCCAACAACAACCGGCUUGGUUGAACGAUCGAAUGUUGAGAGGGCCAGCGCUUCCAAUGGGCCCAAUUCCAGCAGGACCACCGGCAAGAUACGCUGAUCAAGGUACUGCUGGGAGAAGAUCUCGUGCCUCGAGAGCAUCCGAGAGACACCUUGGAAGUCAUCAAUCUGAUAGUCCGCCACACACCGAUGUGAGCUAUGUGCAGAGUUCGGAUGGCACUGGUGGAUCCUCACAAGGAAAGGGAAGGAGAAGCCCGCCGAAAAAUCUCGUCGACAUUCUCCCGCCUCCACCCGGCAAUCCCCCACCACCACCUGGAGCUAUGGAGGCUUUACGAAGAAGAAUUGAUGACUACGAUCGAGUGCCAGAAUCUUAUUUACAUCAAGGAUCACCAAUUCCUCGACCAACACCUCUACACAAUGAUCCCCUUGAUUUCGAUGUGAGAAAUCAUCGGCCAACAAGCAGAAAUAGAACAUCUGAUGGCCGACAACGAAAUUCGGGUAGUCGAGACGAUGACAGUCAACGAUCGUCAUUGAUGGAAGAUGGAGAAGAUGCGGAUGGAGAGACUUCCGAUGGAGAAAGAAGAGAAAAUGGGACACAGAGGGGAGCAAGUAAUGGACCGAGAAGGGUGCCAUCAAUGGGGACGAGUGCAUUCAAAGCACAAGUUGAUUAUGAAUCCCGGACAAACGGUCGUGUCAAGACAAUGCCUCGCUCAGGAAAUGUG